CUGAACGCCACACGAUGCGUCCUGACUGAGACGUCCUAAGCUCCGCCUCCCUCAGAUGUUUGUGUUUGACCCAGGAGGGGAAGCAGGCGUCGCUGGCGGCAGACUUCUCCAUCACUCAGUUCAAACACAUCGGCCGGCUGCUGAUGGUCCACGGCAGAAACAGCUACAAACGCUCGGCGGCGCUGGGUCAGUUCGUCAUGCACCGAGGCAUGAUCAUCUCCACCAUGCAG